CUCAAUCUCUCAGGUCUCACUUUGCUCCGUUUAGCCGUCGUGUUUCGUGAUCGGAGCCCCGCCAUGGGUGAAGCUUUAUUCGAACUCGAACAAGUUCUCAGGUCCAAACAGAACAGCUUGACGAUCGAGGAAGCAACUUUGCUUCAAACAUGUAAAUCUAAGGCCGUUCGAGAUUUUACAUUUGGAGCUCUAGCUGGAGGUGGUGUGACAUGGGCAGGAACAUGGAGGCUGAAUAAAUUCAUUCGGCUAAAUCUUUCUGGAGGAGCUGCUGCGCUAUUUGGAUUAUGGAGAUUUAGCAGGUCCCUGAAUUCGUGCGUCGAUCAUAUUCUUGCACUGGAUGGAAGUAGAAUGCAGAAGGAGUUGGCAAAUAUUGUAGUGACGAAAUAUCACAAUGAUCCUCGUACGAUGCAGCACAUAUCCAAGCAUUUUUAUUAUGAGAAAGUUUUUGAUGAUUCAACCUUGGACCGUCCAAGAAUAAGGUGGCGUUAUCGAAAUUUCUUUAGUGAUGAUGUUGCUCAUGGUCAGAGGACACAUGACAAUGACACUAAGAACAACUUGCAUGGAAAUUCGCACCAUUACUCAUCCAACCAUGAUUCCAAUUCCAACCAGAAUUACUCCUACGAUGAGCCUGAUGACAAAGGAAAUGCACUUGAGUUCAAGCCAGUCCUUACUAAGCCGGGUACUGACGCUACGGCAGACCCGCUGGAUUGUCUUUUUGGUCCACUGGCAAAAGGAGAAGAAAUUCAACAUUCGAAUUCCUCCACCACGACAUUCAAAUCUCACUCUCGUAGUAGAAGAUACCAUCGUCGGCAUCGAAGACAUAAUCAAACGCAUGUAAUUGAAGGAGGAAUCUUGGACUUGCUUAUACAAUACACUCCAAGUGCAGUGUUGUCAUUUGCCUAUCAUUGGAAAAAGAAAGAUGGUGUAUAAUUGUUACCAUCAUGUUCUUUAUGGUGAAUUAAUGGCCAGGAUAUACAGAGAAGCCAUAGCCAUCCAUAGUGCAGGAUCCACGGAGCAGUGACAGAGACGAUGGCCAUGGUGGUCUGAGAUGGGAGAGCAAUGUUCCAAAGAACACGGUAGUGGUUGAAGGUUGGAAACUCCAAUCUCUUUUCCAGUUGCUGAAUUUUCUAACAUCCUUCAAAGAUUGUGGGGAAAAUCUUUGUUUUUUUCAGACCACGCGGCUGUUGAAAGUGAAAGCUCUACGCAAGAAAGACGACUGGUGAAUGGGAAUACGCGUUAAGAAUGGUAAAUGGCUUUUGUCUUGUUUACAUUAAUCUGAUAUUCUUAGAAAUCCUUCACUUAUGAGAUAAAUAACACAUUUUUUCUUCUCCUCUC